UAUCGAUGGCAAUGGGUCAGUCGAUAAUUGAUUUCGUCGGAUAAUGAAGUUGUUUGUGAUAGCUGCGUUGUGUUUCGUGGCCGUUUCGGCCGGUUCAGAUGAGGACCUUUGGCUUCGGUUCAACCGACGGAUGCCAGGUGGUCACCACUUGACGUCCCCUAAGUCGGACGAAUCGAUAAGUGGCCGAGUUGUCGGUGGUGUAGAUGCCGAGAUUGCUAACUUCCCGUACCAGUUGUCGCUGCGUUACAAUGGCAACCAUAUCUGUGGAGCUUCCGUCAUCUCUGGUCGUUGGGCUCUGUCAGCAGCUCAUUGUAACUACCCUCCCCCAGAUCCGGCUAUCAUGUCCCUACGUGGUGGCUCCAGCAACCGUUUGCAAGGUGGAGAAAUUUUUGAAAUCGAGGAAAUCGUAAACCAUCCCGAAUACGAUGAUUGGAAUUUGGUUAACGACGUGUCGGUUCUCCGUACAACUGAAGAUAUGCUGGACUCCCAUCAUCCCCACAUUCAUCCGAUUGCCUUGGAUCAUGCUGGUUCCACUCAUGUUCCAGGAUCUCGUUCCGUGCUCUCGGGCUGGGGAUUGAAUGAACAAAAUGUACUGCCCAUCAUUCUUCAAAGAGUUGAUAUUCCGAAGGUCGAUUUCGAAUAUUGUAUUCGAUCGUGGCCACUUGGUUGGGUUACCCCUGAUAUGAUCUGUGCUAGUGAGCCUGGACGCACAGCUUGCAAUGGCGAUAGUGGUGGCCCUCUGGUUGUUGGUGGUCGACAGAUCGGUAUUGUCUCGUGGGGUGCUUCGGACUGCCGUGGACUUUACCCGACUGUAUUUGCCCGUGUUGGUUAUGCUAUGACUCGGGACUUUAUUCGCGAGACGACUGGAGUGUAAAUACAAUAGUUCUUUUCAAAUAAAAUA